AUGAGCUUCCUUGGCGUAGAUUCCGGUCAGGAUGACAGAGUCCCGACCGUAUCAAUUUCGAAGCAACCAUACAAUCUAAAUGCCGUUCCUCCGCAAAAAAUCUCCGCAUCAAAGACCGAUUCCUAUGAACCCAAAAAACGAGAAGCCGAAACGGAUCGAGUCGACUGGAUAGACGAGCCACAACCACGUGACACAAGACUCUUCAUUGACUUCGAAGGAAAACCGCUCAAAAAACAUUGCAAGCACUUUUGUGAAACUCGAGCCGACAAAAUGAGAACGAUUCUUUCCGUCGUAAUAGUCGUUGUUCUUCUCGCAUUUUUUGUAUUUUAUCAAUAA